GCCCAGCUCCGGGCCGCGCGCCGAUUGGCCCGGAGCUCGAAGGGGCGUGGUCCCCCACUCCGCCCUGCCCUGCGGCCACGCCCCCCGUCCCUUUCUGUUCUUGCAGUCUGAGCGCAGCAGCUGGAGGAGUCGAACGUUCCGCCAGGUCAGCCAUGUCAUCUGAGCCUCCCCCACCGCCGCAGCCCCCCACACAUCAGACUUCUGUUGGGCUCCUGGAUACCCCUCGGGCCCGAGAUCGCUCUCCAUCCCCACUGCGGGGCAAUGUAGUCCCUAGCCCUCUGCCCACCCGACGGACAAGGACCUUCUCAGCGACGGUGCGAGCAUCACAGGGCCCUGUCUACAAAGGAGUCUGUAAAUGUUUCUGCCGGUCCAAGGGCCACGGCUUCAUCACCCCGGCUGAUGGUGGCCCUGACAUCUUCUUGCAUAUAUCUGAUGUGGAAGGGGAGUAUGUUCCAGUGGAAGGCGACGAGGUCACCUAUAAGAUGUGCUCUAUCCCACCCAAGAACGAGAAACUGCAGGCUGUAGAGGUGGUCAUCACCCACCUGGCACCAGGCACAAAGCACGAGACCUGGUCCGGGCACGUCAUCAGCUCCUAGGGAUCUGCAAGAACCCCUUCUCCUGGGCUUGAGGGAGACUUUGGGGGGAGGAGGAGCAGGGCCACCCUGGAUAUAACAUUCUACCACACAAGAUGGGCCGUUUCCUGAAGGGAAGGAGUUGCAGGCAGGCAGGGGGUGCUCUCAGCCACCAGCACAGCCAGCCUCCAGCCAUUGCAACAAGCUCUCACUGUCUGAAAAGCAUUAAAAGCAUUUGAAAAGGAGAGGCACCUGCGGAGGCUGAGUGGAGAUGGUCCAGCCCCAGCCCAAGGCGGGUAGGCCAAACAUGCUGUUUUCCCAAAGCCCCCUCCAGAUCAAGCAAGCCCAUGAGACAAAAAUUCCCAUAUCUAUUUGGCCCCCUGAGGGAUGUCACCAGCCCUAUGAGAUUUUCCGUGACCCUAUGCUCUGUCUAACUUGGGACCAUGUCAGCUCUAACUUCUGAGUCUCAGCCUGGCUGGUUUGAGGGAGCUGGCUUAGGUCGGGGGAGCUUUCCAGGGGACUUGCCUCUUGGUGCCUUUGCAGCAGGUGUGUCUCCCAGAAGGGAGAGACUCCAACCCCUGGGGGCUCCUGCCCUCCUAGCACAGCAGCCUGGGGUUCGGCGCUGACCCCACUCCUAAGAACUCUGGUUUUUUCCACUUGCUUUUAGGGCUAAGGUGGCCUCCCUGUGGCAUUAAGCCUAUCAUUAAGCUAGUGCUGAAGGUGGCUUUAGGGGUGAGGAAGAGGCCUCUGCAGGAAGGGCCCUAGAGGGGAGGGUGGUGUUUUAUUUAAAAACAGAGUCCAGGCUGGUGGUACAUGCCUGUAAUUUCUGCACUUGGGAAGCUGAAAUAAGUGUUCUCAACCAGCCUAGGCUACGAUCAUAUCUCAGAACAAGGGUUGGGGAUGUAGCUCAGGGGUAGUGAGUGUACUUGCCAGAGCCUCUGCAGGGGUCUGGGUUCCACUGCUGGCAAAAAUCCUAGACCAUUGAUACUGACCCACAGAAGACAGGCAGCUUGUUUUCUGAUGGCCUUGUAAGGUUAGCAGUUGAAGGAGAAAGAUACCUUUCACUGGGAAGCAAGGCUGCUUUAAGACAGGUCUAACAAAUGCCUAAGGAUCUCGUUUUUUCUUCCCCGGUGCUUGGGGAGCCCAGGGCCUUGGAAAUGCCAACAACAUCAAGCUACAUGGAAGCCCCCCCCCUUUUUUUGAGACAGGAUCUUGCUGUAUUGCUGUGUAGCCCAGGCUAUUUCCAAGCUUUUAACACCUUAUAUAUCUUGGCUUCCUGUUUGCUAGGGUUACAGGUAUGCCUUCAUACCCUGCUGAUUUGUUUUUUUUUAAACAGCUCAAACUCUCCCUGAGUCCUCUGCUUGCCCCUGCCUGCAAUGCUGUAGAUUUCUGUUUCCCAUGAACUGAUCCUUAGACUCUUUUGGUGGUUGGCUUUGGUUUUUGUUGUGAUCUAAAAAUAUAAGUAGUUGGGCUUUGAAACGUAGUUGAGAACUCACAGGUUGGAACAGGGGUACCAUGCAGUGCUGACCAUGGGGCCAUAGUGGUCCAGACCAGAGGCUCAUUUGAUAUGGGCAACACUGUGGACCUCUGCAUAUCUUAACACUGGAUGUGUGUGUCCAUCCUAAAGGUAAAAGGGGGCAAAGUCUGGAACUUUGGCUGAUGACCAUUGUGGCUUUCAGACAUAGAGGGGUCAGUGAUAGCUUAGCUGGUAAAGUGUUUCGUGGUGCACACUUCAGUAGUUCCAGAACUGGGGAGGCUGGCCAGGGGGAUGCCUGGGGUUUGCAGACAAGCCAGCCUGGCCCAUUUGCUCAGUUUGAGGUCAGUGAGAAGCCCUAUUUUUGUUGUUUUUAAAGGAAGCUAGCUAGUUGUUUUUAAAGGAAUGAAAAUUGCUUGUCCCCACGUGCAUGUGCACAAAAACUAUGUGAAUAAACUUGUGAGGGUCUUGUGCAGCUGGCUCACACAUCCACCACCCAGUUUGAUCAUGUUGAGCUACUGGUGGUUUUUUCCUACUAGGUCAAAGGUGGCCUUUCCCCAACUCCAGGCUUGGCUUACCACGUAGAGGCUCUCUUGGGGCCUUCUUUGCUGGCCAAGGAACUUCCAGAGCCACUUUGCCAGGACCUAGGCAGGCUGAGAGUGACAGCUUUCCUCCAUUGUCCCGAGUGAUCAGUAUAGCUUUGCCUUCACGCUGGGAUGGUUAGCUUUGGUGGCACACGUUGAUCUGCUAGUGGACCCCGCCCUCACUGAGCUGGCAGCUCAGUUCUGCCGGCAGGCUGGCCUCCGGAUUCUUUCGCCCUGCAGAAUCCUUUGUAAAGGGCUUUUCCUGUAUGGUCACAUCACUUCAGCCUGUACACUAUUCUGAACUGUAGGGUAUUGGUGUUAGAAAAGACCUGCUCUGUUCAGACGGAGCAUUGAUUUAUAGAUCAGGAGGGACUCCGUGCUGGUGACUGAACAGGAGGGAGAAUACAGACUCCCAAAUCUGAACGUUUGACCCCAUCAGCCAACUCUUGCUCAAUAAAGUUUGUUUUGUGCAACAAGA